GAAUGACUAGUCAAGAUUUACCUUUCCAAUAUGAUGUUGGAAGAAGAAGCACUUACACAGAGCGUGGCCAAGAAGUGGAAGUUGAUAACAUCAAAGUAUAUGUUUGCCAACCUCCUUCCAACACAGACAAAGCUGUGAUUGUGAUUCACGACAUAUAUGGAUGGCAAUUCCCAGAUACCAGAUACGUUGCUGAUAUGGUCGCAGCUAAAGGAUACAUAACCAUAUGCCCAGAUUUCUUCCUGGGAAAAGAACCAUGGAAAACUACUGAUCGUUGGCAGAAUUUUGCGGACUGGUUAAAGCACCGAGAUCCCACGAAGGUGGACAAGACAGCUGCUAUUUUCAUGAAGUAUCUUAAGGAGCACUACAAUGCAAUGAAAAUCGGUGUAAUUGGAUUUUCUUGGGGUGGAAUGGCUGUACAUCACUUGAUGUUGACAAAUCCUGAUUUUCAAGCUGGGGUAUCCCUCUAUGGAAUCAUCAGAGACUCUGAAAGUAGGUAUAAUUUGCUGAACCCUACCUUUUUCAUGUUUGGUGGAAAAGACCACACCAUUUCUUCUGAUCAGGUCACUUUGUUGGAGGAAAAACUGGCAGAAUACUGUAGAGUGCCCUUUAAAGUCAAAGUCUAUCCCGGACAAGAACAUGGCUUUGCUCAGUUAAAGCCUGAGGACAUGAAGCCUGAAGAUCAGCCUUACAUAGAGGAGGCGAAAAUGGAUAUGAUUGACUGGCUGAACAGAUACAUUAUGUUUUGAAACUUGAAUAAAUAUAUGUCGUUUUAUUUCCUCCCACCACCACACAAAAAAAUGCAAUUUAUUCCCCCCCCCUUAAAAUAUUUAUAGAUUGUGGUGAUAUCUAUCGGAGAAAAGAGAAGAUAUACU